AUGCUGGUUGGCACCGACCGCUGCCUUGGCGACAUCGUCUCGGAGAUGCUGUCCACGAUCGAAGAUAACGACAAGUCUCACGAGGAGGCCCACAUCUACCUCUGCACUCUCUUCCCGCAGUUUGCCCACAUCUUCUCGGAGAUGAAGGAGGUGGGGGUCCCGAAGUUGGGUCGGGCGGGUUGUGGGUAUGGUGUGGCGGACGAGGAGUUCGCGAGACAGUGUCUGGAGCAGCACAUUGCCCUGCUGCGAGGCCCGCCUAACCGGCCGACGGCGAAGUCUCUCUCCUCCGAACAGGGCGACUUGUUGACGGCGUGCGUCGACUUUCUGAGCGAGCAAGGCAGGGCCGGUGGCGACGGCGACGGUGGCGGCGAGGGUGACAGUACCACACCGCCGCUGGGAGACGGUGAGACUCGCCACUCUUCCCGUAGCCGUGACGAUAAUGCUGCCCACGGAGGUGGCGGUGGCGGAGGUCGCCGCACGGUGGAUGAAGCCCUCGCGUCGUUGCUGAGCGAGGUCGCCGCUGCGACGAUGGUGGAGGGAGGGAGCUCGACCAGCAGCCGCAGCAGCAGCAGCAGCAGCAGCAGCAGCAGCAGCAGCGACGACGAGGACGACGAGGAGGAGGAGGAGAAUGCGUGCGACUUGUCUCUGACCAGCAGCGUGGAGUGAAACGAUGGCCUCGGUCUGACUGCUUCCCUGAACGUCGCCCUACUUUGUGACGCUUGCCGACCACCUUCGGACACGUCGUUUCUUUUCAAUAUGUGUUUGCUUUGGUCGGCUUGCUGGUGGCAUUGGCUUCGAAGGUCCGCCGUGAGCCGCAAAUUCUUUCUUUGCGCGAGCCCCCCUUGUUCGCCCUUUCGACCUGCUUUACCGCAUCGCCCUGUACACAAAGGGGGCCAGCACAUGACAUCGUCAUUCUUGCCGCGACGAUGACGGUUGCCCUUCGUUGCUACGCAGUUCUGCCGCACCGAUUGCCGCAACAACGAUGGAAGCUUGCGAAGUUUGCCCGGAGUUGUACAGGCCAGAAGGGCGUGUUUUUCCGGCGGGAUGUGCAAACUCCCGAGGUAGUGCACCUGCGUGCUGUACAUGGUCUCACACCUUUCAAGUAUGUUUUGAGUAGCAGCAGCAGCAGCAAAAGCGGAAGCAAAAGUGUCCAAGAUAAGUGUUUUUUAUAUGUUACCUAGCGGGCGCACCAGUCAAAGUUUUACAGAAUAGCGCUAUGUCCGACUCCUCUCUGCUUCUUCUGGUGGGACGACCCUCUCUUUGAUACGGCAUAUGUGACCGUUUUUUUGUUUUUUGUUUUAUGGUAUUAGUCAUUUUUUGCUCGUUACUUGUUUCGUUGGAUGUGUGUUUCGGCGCCCAGUGGGCCUCCGGCGGCCAGUGCAGCGAUCGCUCCCUUAGACUUCCAUCUUCUGCAGUGCCGUUGCCUUUGUAUCAUAUCUCGAUUUUCGUUUCGGACGGAUGUAGCCAACACAGCCAGAUUGUUCGCCGCCGCUUGGUACGCGAUCGUAUCCAUGGGCAACAGACUCUUGUUGCGGCGUGAGUCGGCCGAGUGGUGUGCUUUGUCAACGUGAGUUUAGAUUCAAUCUUCCUGAGGGCCACAGGAGUACGCCACCACCUUGUACUGCUGUGCGCCGUUACGGUGUUUAGCGUGGUUGGAAAGUUUUGACUUGAUUUGUGCAUGUGUGCUGAGGUUGCCGAUCUACCUGCGACGGUCUUGUUCAUGACCGCGCAUUCGAAAAAUAAUGUUUUUGUCGGGAGGGGAAGGAUUCAUUUUUGGCUUUUAUGUUUCGGCUUUGAGGGGGGAGGGCGGGGGGGCUUGAUGUAUCGUACAUUUUCUGGGUUCAAAUCGACGUAUGACUCUUUCUUUCGUACGGCUGUGCUGCUGCCGCCUUUUCGUCUUGUGUGUGGGGUGUUCUUUGGUCGAUGAAGGCGGCGACCGCUUGACCGUAGGCGUUUGCCCAUACCAUGCCACACAGACUAUCUGCAGAAGUCGAUGUUGGACAUCUCCAUGCGGCAGGUCUGGAGGAGAGCUUGAAUGGAGUCUGCUUGUGGGCCGGGUAUGGCAUGCAUGUAUAUACUUCUCGGUCGGCCGCGGGAAUGGCCGUUUCUUGUAGAAAUCCCACCUCCCCCCCCCCAGCGCGCUUUGUCACGUUUGUGGAGAGCGCAGAAGAGAUACCAGAGUCAACAGGUGGUCGGGUUGCCGAGCGUUGCCUGUGCUUUUCUGUGUUGACCGUUGUUGCAACCCUUCAGGUCUCAUCGUGCCGUGCACUGUGUGAGUCCCUCAAGUCCAUGUUGAGGCGUUUUUCUUGGUGGUCUGGAUGGCAGAGAAUGGGCUUGCUCUUAUUACUUACGACCGUUUUUUUCAUUGGGGUUCGAGAGCAUCACACUCGAUGUGUUUGGUCGGAAGAAGUUAGUCGCGUAUCAUACACACGCGAGAGCGUCCGGAGGAAGGGAAGUGUGGAGGGAGAGACGAGGCGAAACGAUAGUUACACGAGAGGAGAGGAUGAAGCUACCCGCGUUUCGUGUACAAUAUGUGGAAGUACGUGUUUUUCGGACGUUUUUGCAAAGGUGACGACGUGCGUGCGUGCGUACAUCGAAGUAGGAGGGAAGUAUAUUAUGGCGUCCUUCAUUCAAUAACGGACGGGGAGGGGAGGGGGGCCCAUAAGGCAAUAAUAUGGAUAAACAAACAAACAAACCUACUGGUCCUGUUGGUUUUCUCGAUUUUUUUCCGAGCGCACGGCUGUGUGAUGGGUUGUGUCUCGUUGUGAACGGGUCGACUGCCGUCACUGUGUAGAUGGGCGAGAGACCAAUCGCCAUGCCUGGGUAAAAGAUGAGAAGGAGUUGUUGUGCAGAGUAAGUGUCUUGAGCUGAUAAACACGAACGAAAAAUUGGUAUUCUGUGUCGACGAUGAAGUAGUGUUACAACUGAUUCGCGCCCGUGCAGGUCCAGGUGUUUCUGUUUUUUGCGUUGUGUACGAGGCCAAUCGACCUCAAACGCUGAUUUCUGCGGCAAAAAUAAAAGGGUAUGUAGGAACUACAGUGUUUUCUUUCUAUUAUACUCUCCACGAUUGGUUGUUUCGAAGUGUGCCGCGUUUGUUGACACAAUGAUGGUGUGAUGAUGAUGAUCAUUUGCCGAAACGAAGGGUGAAAGUCGAGAGGAACAUGUCUUCGGUGCCACGCAAAGAGGAGCUUGGGAAAGAGGAUCAGCCGACUCAAGUCAGUCCACUUAAUCCCGCCAGGUGUCCCCAACCCCCCCCCAUAUACUGCAUG